UAUCAAAUUCAAAGUAAAAAAAACAGUUAAAGAAAUAAGAAAGAAAAAAAGAUUGUCUCCCGCACUCGAGUCCUCUGCCCCCACUCCGGUGCUUUAGCCGUCGACUUUCUUUUUUUUUUCUUUUCUGCUUUUCCCCCUCAGUCUCAGUUUUAUUUAAGAGAAACAUAAAUUUCACUUUAACUUGGAAUCUGCCAUUAAUUCUCUCUCUAUACCUUCCAACAUCAUCUACUCCCCUUCCGUUUUCUUCGUUUUAAGCAGGCACAUCUCUCCCUCCUUACAUGUCAACCGCGUUUGAGGCUUUGAAACCAGACUCCAGGGGCUUCUUCUCCCUCCCGUUGAUGCUAAUGCCACCAUCUCUUCUCUCUUUUGCGUUGCCCUCGUCCCAUUCCCCUUGCCUUGCUCUCUUUCUGACCCUAGCGUAGUCUUUACUCUGCUCCAUUCCUAAGUCCCUUUUGUGCAGUCAGCUCCUUCCAUGGCCUGUUAACGUCUGUUUUUCUCUCCUUUAUUUUGGCUCAAACUUUGUCUUCUUCCCCCUUGGAGGUGUGCGAAGCGAUAUGCCAAACGACACCGUUCUUCUACUCUCCUUUCUUCUUCUCCUCUUCUUGGCGUUACGAGUGAAAUCUGCCGACCCGGCUUUCAACGACGACGUUUUGGGGUUGAUCGUCUUCAAGGCCGGUCUCCACGACCCAGGCUCGAAGCUCGCUUCAUGGAACGAAGAAGACAACGACCCAUGCAUCAACUGGGUCGGAGUCAGCUGCGACCCGGCCUCCAAUCGGGUCACUGAGCUCCGACUCGACGGCUUCUCCCUCUCCGGCCACAUCGGCCGCGGCCUCCUCCGCCUUCAGUCUCUCCAAACCCUCGUCCUCUCCAACAACAACCUCUCCGGAGCCCUAAACCCCGAGUUCCCUCACAUGGGUAGCCUCCAAGUCGUCGACUUCAGCGGCAACAGCCUGUCGGGUCGGAUCCCCGACGGGUUUUUCGAGCAAUGCGGGUCGUUGAGGUCCGUCUCCUUUGCCAGGAACAGGCUUACAGGUCCUAUCCCCGUCUCUCUCAGCUACUGUUCCACUCUAACCCGUGUUAAUUUCUCAAGUAAUCAGCUUUCCGGGAGAUUACCGCAAGAAAUCUGGUACCUCAAGAGCUUGAAAUCCCUAGAUUUGUCCGAUAAUUUCCUCCAAGGAGAGAUUCCGGAUGGGAUCGGCAGUCUUUAUGAUCUCCGUGAGAUCAACUUUUCCAAAAACUGGUUUUCCGGGGAUAUUCCCGCCGAUAUCGGAAGCUGUUCGUCGUUGAAAUCGGUAGAUUUCAGCGAGAAUUACUUCUCUGGGUAUCUUCCGGAUCCUAUGAGAAAGCUCGGUUCGUGUAGCUUGUUGCGACUGCGAGGAAACUCUCUGAUCGGGGAAGUCCCGAACUGGAUCGGCGAAAUGACCAGCCUUGAGACUUUAGAUCUCUCUGCUAACAAUCUCUCCGGGAAUGUUCCGUUUUCAUUGGGAAACCUCGAGUUCUUAAAGGAGUUGAAUCUAUCUGCGAACACUUUCGCCGGCGAACUUCCAGAGACUAUUAAAAACUGCUCGAACUUGAUCUCCAUUGAUGUGAGCAAGAAUUCAUUCACUGGUUCUGUGUUUCAGUGGAUGUUCAACGGAAACUCGGAAAGCUCCUCCCUUUCUGGCUAUACUCUAGACAAAAGAUCAGAAAACGACACGAUUUCAUCGAUUGUCGGGUUUCUGCAGGGUCUUCGAGUCCUGGAUCUCUCCUCGAAUGGAUUUUCUGGCCAGAUACCGCCUGACAUUUGGAUCCUUAGAAGCUUAGUGCAUAUGAACAUGUCGGCAAACGCUCUGCUCGGUUCAAUACCGAGUGGCAUAGGCGGAUUGAAAGCCACGGAAGUUCUCGAUCUGAGCAAUAAUCUGCUGAAUGGUACCAUCCCUUCUGAAAUUGGUGGAGCUGUCUCUCUGAAAGAACUAAAAUUGCAGCGAAACGGCCUCUCCGGCCAGAUUCCCGGCCAAAUCUCAAAUUGCUCGGCUCUAACCGCCAUCGAUCUGUCUCAGAACAACCUCUCUGGUGAGAUUCCAGUGAGCAUUGCCAAUCUGAGCAACCUUCAGUUGGUAGACCUGUCAGUGAACAAUCUCUCAGGAAGCUUACCCAAAGAAAUCGUGAAUCUCUCGCACCUCAUCUCCUUCAACAUCUCUCACAACAGCAUCGAGGGCGAGCUGCCGGCCGGAGGUUUCUUCAACACAAUCCCUCCGUCCGCUGUAUCGGGCAACCCAUCCCUCUGCGGCUCCAUCGUCAACCGCUCAUGCCCUUCUGUCCACCCUAAACCCAUUGUCCUAAACCCUAACUCUUCCAACCCAGCAAACGGCCCCGCCCUUGAAGGCCGUAUCAGGAAAAGCGUUCUCAGUAUAUCAGCACUGAUCGCCAUCGGGGCAGCAGUGUUCAUUGCCGUAGGUGUGGUAGCCGUCACUCUACUCAACAUCCAUGCUCGAGCCAGUGUUUCUCGUCAUGAUGCUGCAACAGCUCUUGCCCUGUCCGCUGGAGAAACGUUCAGCUGCUCGCCCGGUAAAGAUGAAGAAUUCGGGAAGCUCGUGAUGUUCUCAGGAGACGUGGAUGCGUUUGACACCACAGGUGCACAUGCGUUGCUGAACAAGGACUGUGAGCUGGGCCGAGGAGGGUUUGGAGUGGUCUACCAGACCAAUCUCCGAGACGGGCGUCCGGUGGCAGUCAAGAAACUGACGGUUUCGGGUAUGAUCAAAUCUCAGGAGGAGUUCGAGAGGGAAAUAAGAAAACAGGCAAAGCUGAGGCACCAGAAUUUAGUGGAGCUGAAAGGGUAUUACUGGACACAGUCGGUGCAGCUGUUGAUCUACGAGUUUGUCCCAGGGGGAAGCUUAUACAGACAUCUCCACGGGGAUGAGAGCUUAUCCCUAUCAUGGAGGCAGCGUUUCAGCAUCAUUAUAGGGAUAGCGAGAGGAGUGGCCUAUCUGCAUCGGAUGAACAUCACUCACUACAAUCUAAAAUCGACGAACAUCCUCAUAGACGCAUGCGGCGAGGCAAAGGUGUCGGACUACGGAAUAGGGAGGCUGCUGGAGAGAUGCGUAUUGAGCGGAAAGGUGCAGAGCUCGUUGGGGUAUACAGCACCGGAGUUUGCGUGCAGGACGGUGAAGAUAACGGAGAAGAGCGACGUGUAUGGGUUUGGGAUAUUGGUGAUGGAGGUGGUGACGGGGAAGAGGCCGGUGGAGUACGAGGAGGAUGACGUGGUGGUGCUGUGCGAGACGGUGAGAGGGGCGUUGGAGGAGGGGAGGGUGGAGGAGUGUGUGGACGGCCGGCUGAGGGGGAGUUUUCCGGGGGAGGAGGCUGUUCCUGUCUUGAAACUGGGUUUGAUAUGCGCCUCGCAGGUGCCGUCAAAUCGGCCGGAGAUGGAGGAGGUGGUUAACAUACUCGACCUCAUCCAGUGCCCUUCCCAGGCCCAUGAUGAAUAGAAGAGACGCAACACCGUUUUUCUUUUUCUUUUUUCUUUUUUCUUUUUAUAAAAAAAAAGCCUUCUUGUUUUGGUUCAUAUAACAGGAUAUGAUAUAUAUAUAUAUAUAUAUAAUGUUAAAUGGUUUUGUAUUGGGAAAAUGGAGCUUCUCCUG